AUGCCAAGUUUGGUGAAAAAAGGAGACAUCAUGAUAGGAGGUAUUUUUCCUGUUUUUAACAAAGAAAUCACCAGCACUGUUUCAUUUCAGAAGAAGCCUCCUGGAGUGAUGUGUGCAGGAUUUGAUAUGCGAGUUUUUCGAUGGACCCAAAUAAUGAUAUUCGCAGUAGAAGAAAUUAACAAAGAUUCUGUUCUUCUUCCAAACAUAUCUCUGGGUUACAGAAUCUUAGACUCUUGUGCAUCCCCCACUAACUCUUUACGUGCUGCACUAACACUGGCUAGUGAACUGGAGGAGGUAAAUUUAACUUCUUUCUGUACUCCAGCAAUAUCUGCUCUCAUAGCAGAGUCAGGAUCAUCUCAGUCCAUAGCUGUGGCUGGAACCCUAGGACCAUUUCACAUGCCAAUAGUAAGUUAUUUCUCAACAUGUGCCUGCCUGAGUAACAGAGCUAAAUACCCGACCUUUUUUCGGACAAUCCCCAGCGACUACUUUCAGGCAAAAGCUUUGGCAGCUCUGGUCAAGCAUUUUGGUUGGGAGUGGAUUGGAGCCAUACAGUCAGAUAAUGAUUACGGACGGAAUGGGGUUCUGGCUUUUACUGAAGAAGUUAAAAAGCUUGGGGUUUGUAUUGCAUUCGUUGGGACUGUUCUACGUACAUACCCUAUGGACAAAAUUCUGGCUGUUGUAGAAAUGAUCAAACAAUCGACUGUCAAAGUAAUUCUGGCAUUUGUUCCUGAGGGUGACUUUUACCCCUUAAUGAAUGAAGUGCUAAAACAAAACAUUACAGGAAUUCAGUGGAUUGCCAGUGAGGCAUGGAUAACAGCACCCCGACCUUCCACACCUGAAAUGUACCAAGCUUUUGGUGGAACUCUUGGAUUUGUGGUACAAAAGAUGGCUAUCCCCAAUUUUAAACCAUUUCUCACAAAUAUAAGUCCCUAUAAAGAUCCAAGUGCAGCAUUUGUGAAUGAUUUCUGGGAGAUAAUUGUGGGUUGCAGAGCAGAUUCACCUGAUAAGCACACAGAAGCAGAGAAAACAAAGAUAUGCACAGGCAACGAGACACUAAUAAAUUCCCAGGAUGUGUUCUUCAAUGUCACACAGCUCAGAGUGUCCUAUAAUGUGUAUAAAGCUGUUUAUGCUAUUGCACAUGCCCUUCAUCAGCUAGUAUUCUGUCAACCAGCAGGAGAAAAAAGAAUGAGGCCAUGUUUGAAUGUGUCAGAAAUUCAGCCGAAAGAGGUCACUUAUCACCUACAGAGGGUGAACUUCAGGAAUCAAUUCGGAGAUCAUGUCUUUUUUGAUGAAAAUGGUGACCCUCCUGCUUCAUAUGACAUUAUUAACUGGCAGCUGAGAAAUGGGCAGGUGGAACAUGUGACAUUGGGCCAUUUUGCAUCUGCUGAAAAUGGCAUUUACAAGCUCAGUAUACAGGAGGAAAAGAUAGUAUGGAGGACAGGAGAAACGGUCCCUACAUCCGUGUGCUCUGGUGUUUGUCCAGCAGGAACCAGAAAAGCUGAAAUUAAAGGAAAACCCGCAUGUUGUUUUGACUGUGUUCCAUGUGCAGAAGGAACUAUAUCUAACUCCUCAGGUGCAACAAAAUGCAUACUCUGUCCACAGGAAUACUGGUCCAAUGAGAGGAAAGAUGAGUGCAUACCUAAAACCAUCGAGUUUCUGACAUACCAUGAGCCGAUGGGAAUUGCUCUCACAGUUGUAUCCUUGCUCGGGGCUUCCCUGUCAAUUAUCACAAUGAUUAUUUUUAUCCACCACAGAGAAACUCCUGUAGUUAAAGCCAGCAACUCAGAGCUCAGCUGUUUCUUGUUGUUUUCUCUUUUCUUGUGUUGUCUCUGCCCACUCACCUUCAUAGGCAGACCGACAGUCUGGACAUGCAUGCUGCGCCACACUGCUUUUGGUGUGACAUUUGCACUCUGCAUUUCCUGUAUCUUGGGGAAAACUAUUGUUGUUGUAACAGCUUUCAGAGCAACACAGCCUGGUAAUAAAGUUGUAGGAAAGUUUGGUCCUGCUCAGCAAAGGAUUAUUGUUUGCUCCUGCACUUUGAUUCAAGUGGUGAUUUGUAUAUUGUGGCUCAAGUUAAAUCCACCUUUGCCAGAUAGGGUUUUCAGGUAUAGCAAUAAGAAGAUAGUUUUAGAAUGUAACACAGGAUCCAAUGCUGCUUACUAUGCAGUGCUGGCAUACAUAGGGAUUCUCGCAGUAAUAUGUUUGGUCCUUGCAUUUCUGGCGAGAAAGUUACCUGAUAACUUUAAUGAAGCCAAAUUCAUCACAUUCAGCAUGUUGAUAUUCUGUGCUGUCUGGAUCACUUUUAUCCCAGCAUAUGUCAGCUCUCCUGGAAAGUUCACUGUGGCUGUGGAAAUAUUUGCAAUUUUGUCAUCAUCAUUUGGUGUGCUGAUUUGCAUUUUUGCACCGAAAUGUUACAUAAUACUGGUGAAGCCAGAGAAAAACACAAGAAAGCAUGUCAUGGGAACAAAUAUUCACAAAAAAAUAACGAUUUAA